GGCGGAUUAGCUCAGGUUUACAUCACCCGGCAGGGAGCCGGAGCCCGGUGCCGGCGCCGCCGGGACACUCACGGCGGAAGCGGCGGCGGCUCCACACGCGUCCGACGGCUGGGCCGGGGCAGAGGUUCACCGGGACCGCGAGUUUAGCCGCAGCGCCGCGGACCCAGUCCACCUGCGGGUGCCCUGGGACUCCGCUGGGGAGGCGGCAGGACCUCGCCGCAGCGAGGGCAAGAUGCAAGCGACCCCUCUGGCUGCUCCUGUGGGUACCCACUCCAGGAAGAAGAGGUUGGAGCUGGACAAUGAUCUAGACACUGAGUAUCCCACCCAGAAACAAGCACGAAGCGGGCCCCAGCCCAGGCUGCCCCCCUGCCAGCUGCCCCUGAGCCCACCCCCUGCUCCAGUCCGUGCCCGUGCUGUGACCACUGCCUCCCAGCUUGGGCCCUAUGUCCUCCUGGAGCCUGAGGAGGGUGGCCAUGCCUACCGGGCCCUGCACUGCCCCACAGGCACCAAGUACACCUGCAAGGUGUACCCGGUCUGUGAGGCCCUGGCGGUGCUGGAGCCCUACUCACGCCUGCCCCCCCACCGGCAUGUGGCACGGCCCGCCGAGGUCCUGGCGGGCACCCGCUACCUCUACACCUUCUUCCCACGGUCCCAUGGGGACAUGCACAGCCUAGUGCGCCGCUGCCGUGGCCUCCCUGAGCCACGGGCUGCCGUACUCUUCCGCCAGAUGGCCGCCACCCUGGCACACUGUCACCAGCACGGUCUCAUCCUGCGAGAUCUCAAGCUGCGUCGCUUUGUCUUCACGGACUGUGAGAGGACAAAGCUGGUGUUGGAAAAUCUGGAGGAUGCCUGUGUGCUGACCGGGCCUGAUGACUCCCUGUGGGACAAGCAUGCGUGCCCGGCCUACGUGGGCCCAGAGAUCCUCAGCUCACGGGCCUCUUACUCGGGCAAGGCAGCGGAUGUCUGGAGCCUGGGCGUGGCGCUCUUCACCAUGCUGGCCGGCCACUACCCCUUCCAGGACUCAGAGCCUGCCCUGCUCUUUGGCAAGAUCCGCCGCGGGGCCUUCACCCUACCUGACAGUCUCUCGGCCUCAGCCCGCUGUCUGGUCCGCUGCCUCCUCCGGCGGGAGCCAGCUGAGCGGCUCACGGCCGCCGGCAUCCUGCUGCACCCCUGGCUGCGGGAGAACCCGAUCCUCUCAGCCCCACCCAGAUCCCAUCUCCGGGAGGCUGACCAGGUGGUCCCUGCAGGGCUGGGGUUAGAGGAGGUGGAGGAAGAGGAGGGAGAGAGAGAGGUGGGACUAUAUGGCUAGGGCUCCCCUACCAGACUCUCAGCUGCAACCAUGGAGUGAGCUUGGGGUAUCUCUAAGCUCUCCUGCCUCUUUGAACUGAGCCAAACCUAAGUGCCUUCUAGAAGGGAGGAAGGAGGCAGCAUGGAGAGUCCUGCACCCACAUUUACGGGGUUCCACACACUUGUGCACAUGACUCGGGCAGUCAGCAAGUCCUUCUUGGGAGCUCACUGUGUGCCAAGCCCUGUUCUAGGUGCUGCAAACAUAGCAGAGGAUUAAAGAGACAAAACUGCUCACAGAGCUGACAACACUUUUCCAGUUUGGAAAAUUCCAAUAAUUUCCAAGGGCAUUGUCUACACUGGGCACACUAAGCAUCCGCCCAGGCACCUCUGACGUGGGACAGUCCCUUUCACAAAGACACAGCUGCCUUUGUAUCUUGCACCUUUUCAGAGAAAGGGAAGCAUCCCUGUGCCAAGGGCUCCAGGCCCCUCUGACAACUUAGUACUCCAGACCCAGGCCAUGCCAGGAACUGUGCUCCCCAUGGCUCUGUCCUGUCAGUCAAGGGACUCUCUGUCCAGGCCUGAGCCAAGAAUUUGGGCUGGAAGAAUAAGAAUGCAAACUAUGAGGCUGGUCCUCAUUUAACUCAAGGAGUGGUUUGGAGUGAGGGUCCAGGCCAGUCCACCUCAGUGGCUCCCAACCUGAGCACCAGAGCUGGGGGACAGGACUGGGCAAGGUCUUCCCUGGCCUCCUGGGAAGUCCCAAGCCCUAUUCUGGGGACACAUUAAUACUAGGAGUUUUGGGUGCAAGAGUACAUAUUUUUACUUUGUGCCUAAUAAAGGAGUUAGGAAAUGUU